CCUUGGGGGCGGGGCCGGGGCGGGACGGGAGGGGCCGGCAGCCCUGGCGGCAGUGCGCGGCCGGGAGCGGUGGGGCACGGAUCGGCGGCACCAUGGGGAGCCAGCUGAGCACGCUGGGCAGCUUCGUGCUGUCCCCGGUCUGGUUCGUGUACAGCCUUUUCAUGAAGCUGUUUGGGAAGCCGGCUCUCCCCGUCACCCUCGAGAACCCUGACGUGAAAUACCCCCUGAGGCUCCUUGACAAAGAGAAUAUCAGCCAUGACACCCGCAGGUUCCGAUUUGCUCUCCCAUCUCCCCACCAUGUGCUUGGCCUCCCCGUCGGUCAGCACAUUUACCUCUCCGCCCGCAUAGACGGGAACCUGGUCAUCCGGCCCUACACCCCCGUGUCCAGCGACGACGACAAGGGCUUCGUGGACCUGGUCAUCAAGGUUUACUUCAAGGACUCUCACCCCAAGUUCCCUGCUGGCGGGAAGAUGUCUCAGUACCUGGAGAGUCUGAAAAUCGGAGAUGCCGUUGACUUCAGAGGCCCCAGCGGACUGCUGGUCUACCAUGGCAAAGGGAAGUUUGCCAUCCGUCCCGACAAGAAGUCAGAGCCUGCUGUCAAGACGGUGAAGUCGGUGGGCAUGAUUGCAGGAGGAACAGGCAUCACCCCGAUGCUGCAGAUAAUCCGAGCCAUCAUGAAGGACCCCGAGGACCACACCGUCUGCCACCUGCUGUUCGCCAAUCAGACGGAGAAGGACAUCCUGCUUCGGCCGGAGCUGGAGGAGCUGAGGACGCAGCACUCGGCCAGGUUCAAGCUCUGGUUCACUGUGGACAGAGCCCCGCAAGACUGGGACUACAGCCAAGGCUUUGUGAACGAGGACAUGAUCCGGGAGCACCUGCCCCCCCCCGAGGCCGAGCCCCUGAUCCUCAUGUGCGGGCCCCCCCCCAUGAUCCAGUACGCCUGCAUCCCCAACCUGGACAAAGUGGGCCACUCCAAGGACCUGCGCUUCUCCUUCUAGGGGGGACCCCGGGGAGGCUGGCGGGAACGAGCUCACCCUCACCCUCACCCUGGGCACGUCAGGGCUGGGGGCAACACCUGACGGGUCUCUAGCCUGGAGGCCCCCCGGCCCCCCAAUAAGCAGGCGGGCUUUCCCCCCUGGCCCCCCAAUAAGCAGGCGGGCUUUCCCCCCCGGCCCCCCAAUAAGCAGGCGGGCUUUCCCCCCCGGCCCCCCAAUAAGCAGGCGGGCUUUCCCCCCCUGGCCCCCAAUAAGCAGGCGGGCUUUCCCCCCCGGCCCCCCAAUAAGCAGGCGGGCUUUCCCCCCGGCCCCCCAAUAAGCAGGCGGGCUCCCCCCCGGCCCCCCAAUAAGCAGGCGGGCUUUCCCCCGGCCCCCCAAUAAGCAGGCGGGCUUUCCCCUCCGGCCCCCCAAUAAGCAGGCGGGCUCCCCCCCCCUGCUCAGGUCCGUGUUUCUGCCCAGGGUGACCGUUUCCGGGGGGGGAUCGUGCCUGCCGCUCCCGGGCACCCCUUUCAGUCCCCUUCCCGAAAGUCGGCUCGUGUCUUCCCGGAUUUGGAAGCUUGUUUUUGUUGCUUCGUUUUAUUUCUUCUUCUCCAGUAAGUCCGGCUCCCUCGGGGAGCUGGGCCGGGGCAGCUCGGAAGUCCCGAGGGCCGUCCGGUAGGGGCAAGACGGAGCCGGCUCCCCCGCGGACAGGCCCUCCCCCGGGCUGCCAGGCAGCCGGGCCCCCAGGCUCCUGGAACGUCACCCCGAGUGUGGCCCGUCUCUGGGCCCCGCUUGGAGUCUCCACCAUCUCCAGGCCGUGUUUGCCAGCUCGGCCAGAAAUGGAAAGAAACCCGGGCCGCAGCGGGGCAAGAGAGUCCGGCUCCUUCCGUGGGGGCAGGAGGGACCUGCGUGGGGGGGGGGGGCCGAGCGUCCCAGAGGCCUCCACGCUCGGCGGGUCCUGGCGGCCGCCCCUUCUGCCCCAGACUCCAGAGGAAGCCCCGUUCCAAAGUGUUCCUUCACCUUCUUCCUCGAGCAGGAAGAGAAGCUCCGGCACCAAACGGGGCGCCUCCAGGCCGGAGGCUGGUGGCCCUUCCCUUCCCGAUGUGUGGCUUCUUGGCCAGGAGUCCUGCCCCGGCUCGGCUCCUUCUCCCCCUGCCCCUGUUGCUUGGCCAAUAGUCUGCCCUCCCUCGGCACCAGCGGGCCGGCCGGAAAGGCCCGUGGAGGGAAGCCACCUCUCCGCACCCCGGCUCUGCCCGGGGGCUCCCUGGGCAGCGGGCAGGCCCGGUCAGGGUGGGCUGCCGCCUCUCCUUUGUCCUUUUCCCUCCGGUAGUGGCUUGCUUUCGGGCGGCGCUUUCUUUUGUGCAGAAAAUAGAACAAAUAAAGCUCUGCUCCACGGUG